UCAGUCAACAGCCAUGUGCAAUAAAUUGCUAUACCUUUGUUACAUACAUACGGUAUGCAAACAUCAUAAUGUAACUUUGCAUUUAAAUUCUUUAAUAUCCUGUUUGUUGAAUCCAACAUGUUAAUGGUGUAAGGGGUUAACUACUCUACUACGGUUGCAGAUUUCCUAGGAUUUUUGGUUAAUUGUAAUGCUCUUCCUUACAUUUCUAUAUCAUUUGCAACAAGAUUUUCCUUUUAGUUUAACGUUAUCAACUAAAACGAUUAGUGUUGUGUCUGUAAUGUAGAUUGUUUUUCAAGCUGAUGCAGCCGAAUUUCAGGAAACCUCAUGCAGCUGUACAGCAGGCAAGGUUCUUUGCAAUCAUCUAGUGGCCUUGUUGUUCCAGAGUGCCCAUUACAGCAUGUUGCAGGUGAGAGCUGUACCACCACCUGUGGCCUGCACAAGCUCUCUGCAAACAUGGCAUCGACCAAGGACAAAGAGAGCUGAUGGGCACAGGGGACAUGUGGCCGUAUCUGCUGGCUGUGAGCGGCCUUCCUGCCAUCCUGCAGUUUGUGUCCAUGCUGUUUUUCCCAGAGGCUCCGUGCUACCUCUACAUCGACAAGGGAGAUGAGGAUGGCUGCAAGAAAGCGCUUCAGUGGCUGUGUCGGGAAGACGAUGUGAAUCUAAAGAUUGAGCUGGAGGACAUGAGGAAGGAGAGGGAGAGUGCCCAGGUGACACAGACCAAGACGAUGCUGGAUGGCCUGCGUGAUCGCAGUGUCCGCUGGCAGCUGAUGGCAAUGCUGAUUCCCAGUUCUGGUCCUAAUUUCUGCGGCAUCAACGCAGUAAGUGGACGAACGCUGUCCAUCACUCCUGUCCUCAAGGUCCUUAAAGGUGGAGUCUUAAAAUCUAUUGAUAUUUGAGCCAGCCGAAAUUCACCACUCCCUCCUAUAAUCCUGCAAGAAUUUUUUAA